AUGAUAUUGAAGGGAAUUGACCAGGAAUUUUCUUCAAAAGUGAUUGUUAAAGAAUAUAAAUUAGUUGUUGUUGGUGGUGGUGGUGUUGGUAAAUCCGCAUUAACUAUUCAAUUUAUUCAAUCACAUUUUGUUGAUGAAUAUGAUCCAACAAUUGAAGAUUCUUAUAGAAAACAAGUUGCUAUAGAUAAUGAAGUUGCAUUAUUAGAUAUCUUAGAUACUGCUGGACAAGAAGAAUAUAGUGCAAUGAGAGAACAAUAUAUGAGAACUGGUGAAGGAUUUUUAUUAGUUUAUUCAGUUACUGAAAGAGAAUCUUAUAAUGAAUUAUUAACAUUUUUCCAACAAAUUUUAAGAGUUAAAGAUUCAGAAGAUGUACCAGUUUUAUUAGUUGGUAAUAAAUCUGAUUUAACUGAAGAAAGAAGUGUAAGUUUUGAAGAAGGUGAAAAAUUAGCAAAACAAUUUAAUUGUAAAUUUUUAGAAACUAGUGCAAAACAAGGUAUUAAUGUUGAUAAUGCAUUUUUUGAUUUAGUUAGAAGAAUUAGAAUUAGAAAUAAUGAAGGUCCAAAUUUGAUUAACAAUCAAGAUCAAUCAAAUUUAAAUGAAACAUCUCAAAAUAAUGUUAAUGGUGGUGCUGGUGUUAUUGGUGGUUCAACAAAUGGUAAUAUUGGUAAUGGUAAUCAUCAAAAAAAUCAAGGAUUUACCAAUGGAGGAAAUGAUCAUGGUGAUGGAUUUAUAGAUGAUGAAAACAAGACAAACAAUAAUGUUAAAGAUUCUAAAUCAAAUAAUAAUUCUAAUGCAAGAAAACAAAAUGUUCAAAAAGAUUCUGGUAAAGAAUCUGGUGGUGGAUGUUGUGUUAUUGUUUGA